AUGGGACGUCCGUCGAAAAUGGGCAACAAAGGCCCAGCCGAGCAACUCUGUGUGUACAGACGAUGCCAAAGCGUGCCGAGUGGAUUCAAGGACAAAGCUGACUUCUGUUAUAAACCAAGAAACUUCAGAAGCUGUACAGUGGAUCGAGACGGAGCUGAACGACAACAGCAGAUGAUGGAAGCAAAAUUCCAGACGCGACCACCACUGCAAGAUGUGAUACGCUCGAGAUCACGGAUCCGACGCAUCAAACAUGAGUUAUGUUCCAAGCCAAGCGACCUCGUGUGA